AACUCAGCAGGGAACCUAGCUGCUACUGAAAAGUGAGAAAUCGGUUGGGGAAAUGGAAAAGAAGCCCUCGUCUUCGAGCAAACAGAGAGGCCGAAAAACAGACACUACUCGAGGAUGGAAAAAUAAGAGGAAGGAAUGCUGGAGAAGAGCUGGAGCGACGGAUCUAUCGAACGCCACUAGCACUUGAGUGCAUGCAAUUGAAGCCUUCAUAAUUAGUCUACACUACAAGGACUAGUUUUUAAAUGAAUUUUGGAGAGCCACGCAUCACCUGUUAUGAAAGAUGAUAAUAAGAGUGAGUUAGCUGAUGUGGCAGAAUUGGGUUUUUGGGGAUGAAUGGAAAAUUUUUAAGGAAUCUAAGGGGCUUUUUACAUGGUUGUGGACAAAGAAGAAUGGAACUGGAUGAAUGGGAAUUAAGUGCCGAAGAAUUGGAUUCCAUCGAAAGAGAGGCUCUACAAAGGAUUGCUCAACAACAAAAUUCUUAUUCUAUCUCUUCUUCAUCUUCUCAUUUAGUUUCUUUUAACAAUCAGAACCCACAAAACCAAAACUCUUUUGUUCCUUCUGAAAUCAGCAAUCCCAUCUUUUGUUCUUCUUCUACCAAGGUUCAAGAUUUAUCUCAGGGCACCAGAGCAUUACCCCCGUCAAUCAAACAGCAACCAAGCACUGAUGAGUGCACAAAGGAGGUAGGGCCAAAGCUCUGUGUUAAACUUAUGCUUCAUGCAAGUGGUAAAAUUGCUGCAAAAUUUUUAUAUAAUCAGGUACUAGUAGAUGCUCUGCGAAAGAUUCCUUUUGCUACUUGGAAUGCAAAAGAAAGGUUCCUUUUGCAUCCUUGAUAUGUGCCAAACAGAUUUAGCUUGUAAUUUAAAAGUCUAGCUGUCGUGGUUUUUUAGGUAGAGAACUUAGAUCCUCUGGUGCAGCGGGCUAUUACUGCUGCUACUAAGCUUCCAGAUCUCCAAGAGCGGUAUGACAAUAUACCUAGUAAUAUUGAGUUAAAGCUUCUGCCGUUUCAGCGAGAUGGUGUAAGGUUUGUGCUGCAGCAUGGGGGGCGUGUGCUCUUGGCAGAUGAAAUGGGACUUGGAAAGACUUUGCAAGCAAUUGUUGUGACCACAUGCAUUCGUGAAUCUUGGCCUGUUCUUAUACUAACACCUUCUUCUUUACGUCUGCAUUGGGCUUCAAUGAUUCAAGAAUGGCUGGAGAUUCCUCCAUCUGACAUAGUUGUUGUUUUACCCCAAUCGGGUGGAUCAAAUAGAGGAGGGUUCAGAAUAUUAUCUUCGAAUACCAAGGGUACCAUUCAUCUUGAUGGUCUCUUCAACAUCAUCUCCUAUGAUGUGGUCCCUAAAUUACAACAUAUGCUUAUGGCAUUGGAUUUUAAGGUUGUAAUUGCUGAUGAGUCACACUUUUUGAAAAAUGCUCAGGCAAAGAGGACAAAUGCUUCCAUUCCUGUCAUAAAGAAAGCUCAGUAUGCAAUUUUACUUAGUGGAACUCCUGCUUUAUCUAGACCAAUUGAGCUUUUUAAGCAGUUGGAAGCGUUGUAUCCAGAUGUGUAUAAGAAUGUUCAUGAAUAUGGUAAUCGGUACUGCAAAGGGGGAGCUUUUGGAAUUUAUCAAGGUGCAAGUAACCAUGAAGAACUGCACAAUCUAAUGAAGGCAACUCUCAUGAUCCGCAGACUUAAAAAGGAUGUCCUUUCUGAACUUCCUGUGAAGCGAAGGCAACAGGUCUUCCUAGAGUUGGCUGAAAAAGAUAUGAAACAAAUCAAUGCUUUAUUUUGUGAGUUGGAGGUAAUCAAAGCAAAGAUUAAGGUCUGCAAAUCAGAAGAAGAGGUUGAAUCUCUCAAAUUUUCUGAGAAGAAUCUUAUUAAUAAGAUCUAUAUUGAUUCUGCUGCAGCCAAGAUCCCAGCGGUUCUAGAUUAUCUGGGAACUGUAAUUGAGGCUGGCUGCAAGUUUCUCAUAUUUGCUCAUCAUCAGCCCAUGCUUGAUGCAAUACACCAGUUUCUGCUUAGGAGAAAAGUGGGCUGCAUUCGGAUUGAUGGUGGUACUGCGCAAUCCUCAAGACAAGCUUUGGUUAAUGACUUUCAGGAAAAGGAUGUUAUCAAGGCAGCAGUGCUAUCGAUCAAAACUGGAGGUGUUGGCUUAACUCUAACAGCAGCAAGCACUGUAAUUUUUGCCGAGUUGUCAUGGACACCCGGUGAUCUGAUACAAGCUGAGGAUCGUGCUCACAGGAUUGGCCAGGCCUCUUCCGUUAAUGUAUACUAUCUGCUAGCAAAUGACACCGUUGAUGACAUCAUAUGGGAUGUGGUUCAGAGCAAGCUGGAGAAUUUGGGGCAGAUGCUUGAUGGGCAGCACGAGAACAUUCUGGAAAUCUCAGGUGGGCAGUCAGGCAGUUGCCUGGCAAAGCAGAAAACAUUGGACUCUUUUUUGAAGCGGUGCAACAAGGUUGAUAACACUGAAGAUGAGCCUAAAGCAAAGUACCCCAGGCACAUGUAAUAGUAGUAACAAAGAAUAGUAUGAUGGUAGGGCUUGUACUGGUAUGUAGUCCAUUAGCUCUAAGAGCAACAGAAAAUGUACAUAAUGUCUUGCUUGCUCUUGUUAUUCCCUUUUGAGUGGGGAAAGAAAUGUUGGACACAAGGUGCCCUUUUCACCGCUAGGAAGGAAUCAAUUUUUUUGACCUUUUUAAAAAUUUGUUUCGUGA